CCAGCAGGGGGGAGUAGAGUAGUAUGGCUCCUAGGAUAAGGAGGGAGGGCCCAACAGCUGCACAGGCAAAGAUCUGGCCCACACCAAGAGAUCACUGAUAAAAGCUGGCACACAUGAGUCCUGCUGCCAUGCUGUCAUUAUGCAGAAAGCAUCUCUUUGGUCUUGUAGGAUCCAUGUUCCUCAUCAUGUUGUGCUUUUACCAGUGGAACACUUCUGAUGAAAAGAGAGCAGAAAGUAUCUACCAGAAGCAGGAAGUAAGAAAGCAGCGACUGAGAGACAUAUGUGAAAGAGACAAAGCUGCAUUUCCUGAAGAAAAGCAAGGUUGGGAAGACUUAAGUGACAGUGAGCUUAGGCACCUUUUGGUGGACGACAAUCAUGGCAUCAUCUUCUGUUUCAUUCCAAAGGUGGCAUGUUCCAACUGGAAAAGAGUUAUGCAUGUCCUGAACAAGGGUGAACCAUAUCAAGACCCCAUUUCAAUACCUCAAGAGUUGGUACACGAUACAUUCCCUCAUCUAAUCAGCUUCCCAAGAGCAGAGAUGAAGGCAAAGAUGAAGCACUACACCAAGUUCUUCUUUGUCCGAGACCCAUUUGUGCGUCUCAUCUCAGCAUACCGGGAUAAAUUCGGAACAGAAAAUGAAUACUUCUAUCAUCACUUUGGGAGGGAUAUUAUUCGUCUCUAUGGCAACAACCCAAAUCCACCAAAGACGGCGGCUGAGGCCUUUUCGUCUGGCCUGCACACUUCAUUUUACAACUUUAUCCAGUAUCUGGUGGACCCCCGUACAAAUAAGACUUGGUUUGAACCCCACUGGAGGCAGAUGCACCGCCUGUGCCACCCCUGCGCCAUACAAUAUGAUUUUUUAGGACAUCAAGAGUCUCUUCAAGAUGAUGCCCAGCAGCUACUGACUCUCUUAAAGCUGGAGGACGCCAUCAAAUUCCCUUCUUCCUAUGAAAACAUGACGGCUCAUAACUCUGUGCAUGACUGGUUUAGAACCGUGCCCCUAGAGGACCGAAGGGAGCUGUACAAUAUAUAUCAAGAAGACUUCAAACUCUUUGGCUACAGAACACCCGAGGAGUUGCUUAAUAGUUGAAGGGUCGUGAUUUAGAAUUUGGCACUUGGCUUUUCCUGAUGCCCCAGCAGGUGAAGUAACCACAUUUACAGCUGAAUCAAGAAAACACUUUUAUUUAUAUGGUGAUGAUGUUUUAUUGUAGUUGACUUUUAGCUAACUUUCAUGCUUUUUGGCAUGACAACUGGCACAAGUUUUGAUUGCAUGGUGGAAGUUUUUAACUGUGGCCUGUUUUAUUUGAUCUGUUCCUUUCAUAAUAUUUCAUCUCUCUCUUUUUUGUGAUUCAUUUUCUUUCUUUCUAAAAUCUAUUUUGAUUAUAAAACAGGUUAUGCAAAGUUGGAAGCAAUUUACAAAAAAGCUCACAGAGACAAGAUAAACUAUGGGGCGUCGUUUGUUGUGCACACUGAAAAUAACAGCAACAGUUCUCAACAUUUAGGUCCAAAAUUUGUAUGGGGUGCCGUUAGUGCCAAAAUAAAAGCUUCAUAAAGCGAUACAGAUAUCCCAACCAUAGUCUGUCAGUAUCAGCUCCUACGGGUUACUAGCCCGCCUGCCCGCCGUAAAAAUGUUGUAAAGUCAGUCCAUUAAGAGAUUUCAAAACACUCAGAGACAAUACUUUAUGAAGCUUUUAUUUUGGUAUUUCUGCAAGGCGGUAGUUUGAAUUUGUAUAUCAGCUAAAUAUUUAGGA